AGGCAAGCAGGGGUAGGGGUCGCCUCCGCAGCGGCCCCGCCGAGCGAGCAAGGGGCUCAGGGCGCCCCGUUUUCCCGCCGCCCAAUGACCGCAGGCGCUCCCGGGCUCCGUGGCGGCCGCUGUGGGUGUCCCGCGCGCUUCGGCCGGGCAGCACGCCUGGGCGCGGCUGCUGCGCGCGGGCCGCAGGGGCUCGCCCGGGCCCGCAUCCCCCGAGCCGGCGCAGGCCCGCCCGCCGCUGCCCAGCCCGCCCCCGGUUCGGGGCGGGGCGCCCGCCCUAUGCCCCUUUAUCAGCCGGCUAGGGGGCAGGCCUGGGAGCGUGCGGGUCGGAGCUGCCUGUCCCCGCGCCGCUGGGCCGCAGGGGACAGAAGUCAGUCAAAUUUGCCUGACAGCCAACCACCAGACCAGGACACCUGAUCUCAGCCCAGUUCUGCCCGCUUUGCUGUGUGAUCUUGGCUCCCUCCCUGAUCCACAGCUAUGGCCACUGGGGUGGCCCAGAAGCUCAGCUUGCAGCAGCUCCGCCAGGAGCCCCAGCCACCCGCACAACCAGAGUCUGUCUUCACAGUGGACCGAGCUGCGGUGCCUCCCCUCUUCUGGAAGCCCUACAUCUACGUGGGCUACCGGCCAUUGCACCAGACCUGGCGCUUCUACUUCCGCACAUUGUUCCAGCAGCACAAUGAGGCGGUGAACGUGUGGACCCACCUGCUGGCGGCACUGAUCCUGCUGCUGCGGCUGGUCCUCUUUGUGGGGACCGUGGAUUUCUGGGGAGACCCUCAUGCCCUGCCCCUCUUCAUCAUUGUCUUCGCCUCCUUCACCUACCUCUCCUUCAGUACCCUGGCUCACCUCCUGCAGGCCAAGUCCGAAUUCUGGCACUAUUGCUUCUUCUUCCUGGACUACGUGGGCGUGGCUGUGUACCAGUUUGGCAGCGCCCUGGUGCACUUCUACUACGCCAUUGAACCUGCCUGGCAUGCUCAGGUGCAGGCCAUUUUCCUGCCUAUGGCUGCCUUUCUCGCCUGGCUUUCCUGCGCUGGCUCCUGCUACAGCAAAUAUAGCCAGAAACCCGGCCUGCUGGGUCGCACUUGCCAGGAGAUGCCCUCGGCGCUGGCCUAUGCGCUGGACAUCAGUCCCGUGGUGCACCGCAUCCUGGUAUCCCCCAGCCCUGCCACAGAUGACCCAGCUCUUCUUUACCACAAGUGCCAAGUGGUCUUCUUCCUGAUGGCUGCCGCCUUCUUCUCAGCCUUAAUGCCUGAGCGCUGGUUCCCUGGCAGUUGCCACCUUUUUGGGCAGGGCCACCAAAUAUUCCAUGUCUUCUUGGUGCUGUGCACACUGGCUCAGCUGGAGGCGGUGGCGCUGGACUACAAGGCCCGGCGGCCCAUCUAUGAGCCUCUGCACACCCGCUGGCCUCACAACUUCUCGGGUCUCUUUCUGCUCACCGUGGGCAGCAGUGUCCUCACCGCGUUCCUUCUCAGCCAGCUGGUACGACGCAAGCUCCAUCAGAAGACCCAGUGAAUGGGCGUGGGGGCUGAUAGGGAGGGAUGUACAGAGGGGGUACACAGGUCUGGGCUUGUCCCCAGAUGGGAAGGCCUAGUUAAGUUUUUUGUGCCUGGCCUGAGAUGACUGCAUACUCCUCAGUGGCUGGGGCAGCAAUGGCCAGUCCUUGGAGCUGGGAAUUCGCUGGGAGCUGCUGGCGUCCAUUUCUGGGCCUGCCUCAGCUCCCUGUUCUGGGAGAGGGAAAGAGAUAAAGACCUGGGCCACCCUGUCUGCUUCCCCUCAUUGCUUCUCACUCAGGGUGAGGAUGGGGGUAUUGCUUGGGCAAGGAUACCAGGGUUUGGGUUUCUAGAUUAUCUAGAAGGGGUAAAGUGGGAUUUAGGCCAGAGUCAUAGUUGAGCUAAACUAUAAACCCUCCUCAGCAGACUUUUUUUUUUUUUUUUUUGCUUUUUGGGUCACACCCAGCGAUGCACAGGGGUUACUCCUGGCUCUGCACUCAGGAGUUACCCCUGGCAGUGCUCAGGGGACCAUAUGGGAUGCUGGGAAUCAAACCCGGGUCGGCCGUGUGCAAGGCACAGCCCUACUUGCUGUGCUAUCGCUCCAGCCCCCUCAGCAAACCUCCUUUUAUCCAAAUUUCACUGCUAUGCCCCAGAUAUGUACAAUAUCUUACCGUUUCUUGAACUGCAGUCUGGAAUUUCGAAGCUAUAGUCCCCAAGGGUAGGAGUGAGCCAGGAGGGAAUGGAUCCUACCCGGUGCCCUGUACUUCUUUAGCCACUAGCCCAGUGGGCCCCACAUCUCCUCACUGGGGCUUCUCCAACCAACAUAUCUUGUUCCCAGCCCUCUUCCUGGUUCCCUUGUACCCCAUUCAGCUAUCCAGACAGUCUUCCAUGCCUCUGCCCAGAGGCAGGCCAUCAGCUGGGGCUGCAGCUUCAUGCAGAAUGAUAAAGGCUUUUGGAGAGAAAUGGCUAGUAGGGGAGAAACAUUGAGGAGGGACUGACCAGUGCCGCCUGGAAUGCUCAGGGUCUUGGGCUGGGAAAGGUGAAGAGAUGGUGAAGUGGAAGGGCAUUACAGGCAGAGGGGAAAACUGCAAAGCUCUAGCAAUAUGAAGUUCAGUGGGGCUGCAGCUAGAGGUAGUUUGGACUCUCACAUGUUCUGGGUGCAAUAAAGUGACUGUGAUAAUUGCUGUUUCUUUGCUUUUUCACUCCUGUCCCAGGAAGGGGGCCCUGCCUGGAGGUCCCUAUGAGAUUGCUCAGGGUGUUGGAGGGAAGGAGGCUUUUCAGGGAAAAUUGGGAUCCCUGGGUGGGCAUUAGGAGGAGGGAGGCAAUUCUUGUUUUUUCUUUGUCCAGAGGUAGGAUUAGGACUAUAUAUGAAAUUUGGGGAGAGGUGAGAGAAUGAAUGGGGGUUGAGAAAAUGUGUUUAGCUGGAGAUAUACUUUGAUUCAAGAGCAUAGAUCUUGCAUGUGAAUUCCUGUGUUUGGCCACGCAAAAAAUAAGCAUUUAGAGCUGGAGAGAUAGUACAGUGGGAAGGGCAUUUGGUCAACCCAAGUUUGAUUCCUGGCACUCUGUAUAGUCUCCUGAGAACUGCCAGGAGUGAUCCUUGAGCACAGGAGUGAACCCUGAGCAUUGCCUGGUGUGGCCACAAAUACAAAAACAUUUAAAAUAAACA